AACUGUAUAAAUACAUAUAUAUUUACACACACGUAUUUAUUAAAACCUGUCUGAACAAUGUAACAAAUCUCGUCCAUUUCCACUGCCAGUAUGACAACAAGGAAUGCAGCAAAUAAAAUUCAGGUUGGAUAUUGGACAAGUACACAUUCAUAAAUGCUGUUAGGCAUUUAUACAAGCUACAUACAAGUGUUGCAGAUUUCCUUCAAACAGGUGCUUCUACAAAUCGAUUAGACAAAUAGGUCUUACAGAUGAUAUCACUGGUUUUCAAGCUGUGAUGUUGCCUCCUUAGAGUCUGUGAACUACUCCUAAGAGGUCUCUGAAAAAAAAAUCAGCAAAAGCAAGCCUCUUCUCAGUAUAUACAACACUUCUCAUAUUCAUGUUUGUGGGUCCACAAACUGGAAAUGUUUGAGUAACACUGAUCAACAUAUACAUGAUUCAGCCCCAGUGCAGAGAUUAGAUUAGACAAUCUCUUGAGGCCUAUAAACCUAUAAUUCUUUUUUUUUUUUUUUUCUAUGUGAAAAAUUACAUCCCCUCUGUGAAUAAUUUUUUAACUUAUAAAAAUGCACAUAGUAUUUUUCUAUCUCACAAGAGACUGUGUCAGUAAACACGAUUUUAGUUACCUCCCCUUUCCGCAGAGGUUUUUUCACAUUUUGAACACUUGGCAGAACUUCACCUCCUGCCCGGACAGCAUCGGUCACACACCUUACAGGCAGAAGGAAGUCACUGCAACGGCGUUAUAUUUACAUUUUUUAUAUAAAUGCCAGUACACUGCCCCUUUUGCUAUGUCAUUAAGCGUACACUUCCCUCCGUGCGCACACGAGGACGAUUUUCGGCCCAGGCAUUACGCUCGCUGGCCGCCCCGGGCCGCGGCCGGGCCGCCCGGCGCCCCGCGUUUCCACACGCAGCCUCCUCUGCCGUGAGCCGCGGACACGGGUGGCACCUCCCCGCCAGCAACAACACACACAAACCGGCAGAAACUUUAAGGAAGAGAGGGAGGGGUGUGGGUGGGCGGCCGCGUUCCCGCGGUGCGGGCCCCUGCCCAGCCCAGGCCCCGUCUCCCCGGAGGCCCUGAAGGGCAGCAGAAACGCCGCAGCCCGGGGGAGGGCGCAGAGCCCCCGGUGCCACGAGGCUCCCUUCUCCGGCUGCCUGUGACACCUUCCCCCGCCUCUCCGGCGGUAUAAACGGGGCGGGCGCCCGCAGCCGGGCCCGCCAGACCGGCUGCCUGCCCUGCGGUGGCGGGGCGGCCCGCUCUCCCCGCCUCCCCGCGGCCUGGCCCGGCCCGGCCCGGCCUGGCCUGCUGCGGCAGCGGCGGCACCAGCGAGGCCCUCCAUGGCUUUCAUCCGCAAGCGGCGGCUGGAGCGGGAGCUGUACUCCAAGGAGAGGUUUUCACUGCUGCUGCUUAACCUGGAAGAAUAUUACUUUGAACAGCACACAGCCAAUCAUAUUAUAAAUAAAGGUUGCAGAGAUGAAAGAAAAUUCAGAGGUUCUCUGAAAAUCUGUUCAAAGUCAAUCAUUUUUGAACCUGAUGACAAUAUCCAACCCAUUAUCAAGAUACCACUGAGAGACUGCAGUAGUAUAAAAGCCCCAGAAGAUAAUGAAGCAAAUAACCCUUUCACACGGGAUACAUCUGGAGGGAUUUCUGUUGUAUGUAACCAGGUUUUUCUCAUUAAAGAAAGAAACAUUAUUGCACCCUAUAAAACAGUAAGAGGUAGAACAGAACACUUAUUUCAACUAGAUGUUGCUGGGAAACUAGGAGAUGUUGUGCAAACUCUGCAUCAGCUUUACAGGGCUUCUUGUCUAGAUAAGAUGGGAGACCAAGCUGCCAUGAUAACUGCUAUAUUGCAGUCACGCUUGGCUAGAACUUCAUUUGAUAAAAACAGAUUUCAAAGCAUUUCUGAAACGCUGCAUAUGGAAUGUAAAGCAGAAAUGGUGACACCUCUGGUGACUAAUCCAGGGCAUGUGUGUGUUACUGAUGCUAACUUGUACUUCCAGCCUCUUAAUGGAUAUCCUAAACCGGUAGUACAAAUAACACUGCAAAAUGUGCGUCGCAUCUAUAAAAGAAGACAUGGGCUAAUGCCACUGGGACUUGAAGUAUUUUGCACAGAAAAUGAUCUGUGUUCUGACAUCUACUUGAAAUUCUACAACUAUCAAGAUCGAGAUGAGCUCUAUUUCCUUAUUGCGACAUAUAUAGAAAAUCAUAUUACAGAGCAUACAGCUGAAAGUUAUAUGUUGCAAUGGCAGCGAGGACAUAUAUCAAAUUACCAAUAUCUUCUUCAUCUCAACAAUCUGGCUGAUAGAAGCUGCAACGAUCUCUCCCAGUAUCCUGUAUUUCCCUGGAUCAUAGCAGACUACUCUAGUUCAGUGUUAGAUCUGACAAAACCUGAAACAUUCCGUGACCUUAGUAAACCAAUUGGUGCCCUGAAUAAGGAAAGGCUGGAUAGACUAUUGACACGUUAUCAGGAAAUGCCAGAGCCCAAGUUCAUGUAUGGGAGCCACUAUUCAUCUCCGGGUUAUGUUUUGUUUUAUCUCGUUAGAGUUGCACCAGAAUACAUGCUCUGUCUGCAGAAUGGAAAGUUUGAUCAUGCUGACAGAAUGUUCAACAGUCUUGCAGAAACGUGGAAAAACUGUUUGGAUGGUGCAACAGAUUUCAAAGAGUUGAUUCCAGAAUUUUAUGAAAAUGAUUCUAAUUUUCUAGUAAACAGUUUGAAGUUGGACUUGGGAAAAAGGCAGGGUGGAAAGAUGGUUGAAGAUGUAGAGCUUCCCCCUUGGGCAUCAGGUCCUGAUGACUUUCUUCAGAAGAGCCAAGAAGCUUUAGAAAGUCAGUAUGUAUCAGAACAUCUUCAUGAAUGGAUUGACAUAAUAUUUGGCUACAAGCAGAAAGGAAGCGAAGCAGUUGCAGCUCACAAUGUGUUUCACCCAUUAACCUAUGAAGGAGGAGUGGAUUUAAACAGUAUUAUGGACCCCAAUGAAAAAGUAGCCCUGCUGACACAAAUCUUGGAGUUUGGACAGACGCCAAAACAGUUGUUUACAAUUCCUCAUCCCCGAAGGAUAAUACCGAAGUCGAAAAGCUUGUCUCGAACGUCUAGUCACAGUGUUUCCGUAACUGAGUCUCCAGUUCCUCCAAAUGAAGAAUCAUUUGAAGAUUUGACAGAAGAAAGUAUAACACUUGCUUGGAACAAUAUUGCCAAACUAAAAUUAGAUGAGCAAUAUAAAAUUCACAAAGAGGGGAUUACUGGCAUAGCAGUCGCCUGCAAUGGGUCUUCUGUUUUCACUACAUCCCAGGAUUCAACUUUGAAGAUGUUUUCCAAAGAAUCAAAAACAACCCAGAGAAGUGUGUCCUUUUCAAACAUGGCUUUGUCAUCUUGUCUAAUCUUACCAGGAGAUACCACUGUCAUAAGUUCUUCGUGGGACAAUCAUAUAUAUUUUUAUUCAAUUGCGUUUGGAAGACGGCAAGACAUCUUAAUGGGACAUGAUGAUGCAGUCAGUAAGAUCUGUUGGCGUGAUGGGCGUUUAUAUUCUGCGUCCUGGGACUCCACUGUGAAGGUGUGGCACUGUGUCCCUGGAGAGACCCGGAGCAAUAAAAAACACCACUUUGAACUGCUUGCAGAGUUAGAACACGAUGUUAGUGUAAAUACAAUCGACCUUAACGCUGCAAAUACUAUGCUAGCAUCUGGAACCAAAGAGGGCACCAUCACUGUUUGGGAUGUUACUACAGCGGCAGCGCUGCACCAGUUGCCGUGUCAUUCUGGGACUGUGUUUGAUGCUGCUUUUAGUCCUGACAGCAGACAUCUACUCAGCACAGGAGAGGACUGUUGUUUUAAAGUAACAGAUGUACAAACUGGAAUGCUUAUAUCUUCUAUAACUGCUGAUGAGCCACAGAGGUGCUUCAAAUGGGAUGGAAAUACCAUCUUAUCAGGAAGUCAGUCUGGUGAAUUACUGAUUUGGGACCUUCUUGGAGGAAAAGUUAUUGAAAGAAUCAAAGGACAUACAGGUGCUGUAAUGGCCAUGUGGAUGAGCGAACAGUGCAACAGUGUCAUUACAGGAGGGGAAGACAAACAAAUCAUGUUCUGGAAACUGCAAUACUAAGUGCCUUUCCCUCUAACGUUUAAAUGAACUCUUAUUUUAAACCAAACCUUUUAAAGGAAUUUAACUGUGUGCAAUGAUGGCUGCUGAAGUUCAACCAGACAGGAAGCUUUGUUCAACUACAACUUUCUAGGUUAUGGUGACUUCACUGAGAGCUCUUAACUUCCAUAAUGUAUGCAUUUGUUUUUCAUGGACUAUCAUACGGAAAAUGCUUGUCUAAAAUGAUAUCUGAGAUGAAAUUAAAGACCUAUUUUUCUGUAAUUAAAGAACUCUUAACUUGCA